AUGAGGUAUUGGAAUAGUUUACUGUUAGUGCCAAGCUUACUCUGGUUUCUUCACAUGUGUGCAUCACAUAUACACGCACAAAUUCCAACAAACAUUGCAAUAGUUGGAGGAAACAUACCUUCUGCCUCUGGUUACAAUUUAGUUUUUAUUGAUGCGUUUAGAUCUACAAGAAAAUAUGGUUUAGCAAAAACUCCAUGGGUUGCUCUUUCAGACGAUCAAUACACAACAGAUGGAUGGCCAAUUGGUACAUCUGCAGGAACUGUCCUUUUCACAGAGAACCCAUCAGGAUCUUUGAGUGGUACUUAUUAUUUUCAAGGUGAUGGAGAAUUGACAUUAGGAUUGAUCUCUUCCCCUUAUUGUUCAAUUAUAAACGUAACUCAGGCAUUUGGAAAGACAACUGGUUACGUGGUUGUGGGAAGUAGUGCAACUAUAUUAAUGCUAAAUUUCAAACAAGCAACCAACUCAACGUUUAGAAAUCUACGUUUGAUUCGUCCAGGUUUUACUAUUGAGGAUGCAGAUACACAAAUAUUUCAUCCUGCCUUUUUAGAGACGAUCAAGGAUUUGAAAAUUUUGAGAAUGAUGGAUUGGUUGGGAACCAACGCAAAUCCAGAUACUGUUUGGGGCAAUAGAUCAUUAGUUACUGAUACAACCUAA